UGAAAAGCCUUGAGCGGGUUAAAAAAAAACGCUUCUUUCUCUUGAUCUCUUUUUCUUUUCUUUCUUUCUUUCUGCCUUAGACAUACUCACAUCAAAAUCACCUUCUCUUGUCAUGGCUUUUCUGGCCUAUGUUCUGCUUUUCCUCUCCCUCACUGCUCAUUCAAGUGCUUUUUACUGUGUUUGCAAAGAUGGUGUGGCUAUUAAACUUCUUCAGGAGGCAAUUGAUUAUGCUUGUGGAACUGGAGCUGAUUGUACCCCUAUUCUUCAAAAUGGACCUUGUUUCCAACCCAACACUGUAAAAGAUCACUGUAACUAUGCUGUUAACAGUUAUUACCAAAGAAAGGGUAAUGUUCAAGGUAGUUGUGAUUUUGCUGGUGCUGCAACAACUUCUCAAACACCACCUACUGCAGUUUCUGGAUGUGUUUACCCUUCAAGUCCUGGCAAUGCAGGAACACCAUCGACAGGUUCACCCGGUUCAACUCCAAGUACGGGAACCGGCACUGGCACUGGCACUGGCACGGGAGGAACUGCGGGUAGCCCUACUGUGUUUGGAAUAAGUCCAACAUCUACAAUUAGUGGCAACGGUGAUCCUUCUACAGCUGUAGUGUCUUAUAUGAAAAGCAUCAACACCUUGCUAUUUCCUUUGUUUGUUACCUUGUGUUUAGCCUUCAAGGUCUAAACUAAAGGUGCAAUGCUUUACUAUUAGUACUAGCUAGUGAAUUAGAAAAUUUUAGGGGGUUUUAUGUGUGGAUGAGAUUUUGCACAAAAACAUGAUGGUUAAGGUUAUUAUGUGAUUUUACUUAUAUGAAUCAUCUACUUGCAAACCCAAUUUUGUUUUGUUCCUCCUAAGUAGAAAUUUUUUUUGUAGGGAAUUUGGUUUUUUAUUUAGUGGUGACAUAUUUUGAUUAUGACAACAUGAAGGGUAGAAGUAGUAGCCUUUUUCCAUUUGUAUAUCUAAGAAUAUGACCUGCACUAUUUUUUAAUUAAUUUAAUGGAAGCCAGCUACCCUAUUUAUUA